GGUUUCCUAUAGGCGGGCACAACAACAUUAGCGCUUCGGAGGUAAUAUAAGUACAUUUACGGUAGUAAAAGAGCUAAACCAACUCGAAGGAAGUAUUAUAUCUAGUGUAGGCCUAUUAUUCUCAUAAACGUAGCUAUAAUAAUACGUUUAGAAAAUUUAGUGAAGUGACGCUAGAGUGUUAUGAACGCGGACUUGGAAGCUCAAGAGGAUGAACUGCUGGCGCUCGCGAGUAUCUACGGUAAGGAGUUCCGACCGGCUGUGUCAGGAUUGGGUGGAGAAAUCCUGGUCUCUUUGGACCUACCUCGGGACUUCAGUGUGAUUGUCAAAGCAGGUUUGGAUUAAAAUAAUAGUGAUUAUUUUAUAAUUUAUGCAAAUCACCUCAACUCACAAUUUAGAAACCAUUUUAUGAGUCUUGAAUUAUUUUGAUCUCACUACCAGUUUUAUUGUAGCCUUUAAUUAGGCUAUGCUACAAUAGAAGUUGACAAAACAUAUAUUAUAUACUCAGGGUAUUCUGGUAAAGCAGAUGAAUGGUAUCCAGGCUUCUUUUGUCUUUAUUGUGAUACCAAGGUGACAAGCACAGAGAUUAUGUCAUAUCUUACCUCCCUCCUCUGGUGCUGACCUUCGACCUACCUUUGGAUUACCCCUCCACCUCAUCACCCAAGUUUAUACUGAGCUGUAAGUGGCUCUCCCAUAGUCAGGUAUGUUUAGUAAAACCUUUUGUGAGUAGAUCAAUAAUGUAUUCAAUACUGUGAAGUGUAUUGAGUUUUAGACAUCAUUUGUAUGUGUAGUAAUCAUUUAUUAACCUCUCAGCUCUCAGCAGUGUGCAAGCAUUUGGAUGAGAUAUGGCAGGACACUGUGGGCAGCGUGGUCCUCUUCUACUGGGUCCAGUUCCUCAGAGACGACCUGCUCGACUUCCUGCAUAUCCAGCCACCGCUGGAGAUCCCUGUCAAUGACCAGGGCAAGGCCACUCCAUCCACUGAGGGCAGAGAGGCUGGAGACUCUCAGGGGGCUGCAGAGGGCAGUGUUGUUGGAAGUGUAGUUGGAACAUCUGAUGAGGCUGCAGUUUGCCUGGACCCAAGGGCCCUCUCAAUGUUAGCCACAGACACAGACCUCCUGGUGCAGCUGCUGGACUAUGAUGAGAGACAUAGGCUGAGAGUGUUUGAGGGACAGGCAUAUGACUGUGGGAUCUGCUUCAUGAGCAAGUUAGGCUGUAGUCAGUUCAGAGAGUGUGGCCAUGUUUACUGCAAUGAAUGCAUGUCGGAGUACUUCACGGUCCAGAUCAGAGACGGGAACGUCCGUGGCCUUACCUGUCCAGAGCCUGAGUGCAGCUCCACAGCUACACCCUCACAGGUAAUAAAAAACAGAAUUGAAUAGAUCAUUAUUUUGGAGAUCAAAGUUGAAAUACAGUUUCCUCAGUGAAUAUCUGAAGUUAACCUGUGUGAAACUGCUAUUCUACACUAUGUGGAAACUAAACUCAGAGAAUGAACUGUUGUUGAAGGUGAAGCAGUUGGUUGGGGAGGAGUUAUUCACCCGUUACGACCGCCUCCUGCUCCAGUCUACUCUGGACCGCAUGGCUGACGUGAUUUACUGCGCCCGCAAGGCCUGUGUUGCCCCAGUGGUGCUGGAACCGGACACAACCGCUGCCCUCUGCCCCUCCUGCCGUUAUGCCUUCUGCACUAUCUGUCGCAAGACCUACCACGGCACUUCCAACUGUAAGCUGAGGGCAAACACACUCCUGACCUCAGGCUCUGACUCAGCUGCUGAGUCAUCCUAUGUAGGCAUACCUCAGACAGAAGGUAAGAGAAACCAUAUGCAACCAAAUGAACCACAUGGAAGUCUGUUGAUCAGUCACACUUUCGGAGGCUUGGUGCUGUGUGAAAACCUACAAUGAAAGUGUGUGAUUGUGGAAGGUAACUUAGAAGAGAAUGUUUCAAUACAUCUUAAAUAAAUAAAACACAAUUUCUGUAUUUGAGAUGCUGUGCUUCUAAGCACUGUUGUGGCAUUUAAAGUAUCAAAUGUUUAGCUCUGUCUGGAGUCUGGAAUGCCAUAACUCACUAUCCACUGUUGAGUCAUUGCAGUCAUUCCAGAUUACUUAGGUUCAAUCAAACUCUUAUCCCAGCUUGUGCUCCAUUUUCUGUGUUUGUCUGUUUCUAUCUUUAGCUGGGAUCCAGGGCCUAUGGGAAGACUAUGCCUCAGGCAGUGAGGAGAGGAGAAAGUUCCUGGAGAAACGCUAUGGGAAACACAUUCUCAACACAGUGGUGGAGGAGAGCCUGAGUGAAGGCUGGAAAGGCCAGAACAGCAAAGAAUGUCCAUCCUGCUGUGCCAACAUACAGGUAAGCCUGAGCUCUAUAACCAGCCUAUUGUACCUUUGGCAUCCCAUGGUUUGACGUCAUCCUCCUGACCAGUGUGUAUCCUCUCAUUACAGAAGAAUGGUGGCUGCAACAAGAUGGCCUGUUUAACCUGUGGUCAGUACUUCUGCUGGGUGUGCCUUAGUAUCCUGGACAAAAAUAACCCUUACAGGCACUUUGAAAACCCUAACACUGCCUGCUUUACUGCCAUAUUUCACUGA